AUGAAGGAAUAUGUUCCUAAAUUAGGAGUCAGCGAAUCAGUCUCAGUGUUACAGGGCAGCGGCACGCUGGUCUGCUGGACUUUCCCUGUGGACCCCUACGAAUACUCUGAUCAGUCAGCCCUCACGUACGAGGAGGAUGUGCAGGAGGGGUGCUGUGCUACCUGCAGCUGCCCAGUUUACGGCCAAGGGUCUGGCCUGGACUGUAGGCGCCAUGUCCAGAAAUUAAACUUGCUGCAGGGUCAGGCAGAGGAAGCCAUUGGCUGGACGUCUCGGUGCGUAGAAGACUCUGUAAAUGAGAGCAAAAAUAGAGCAGCCCCACGUGAAGACAGUUCAGUCCAGCAGGAGGGACGGCCAGAAGUCAGUCGCUGGAGUAAAUAUCUGGACCAGGACAGUGACGAUCAGAAAGAUGGAGAGGAGGUGGCGGCAGGUACAGAAAGGCAACAGUUCUGUUCCCAGAGAAGGAACACCAUGGAAGAACGAAGGAAACAGCAGCAGAACUUCCUCUCCCAUGAUGUGCAGGAGUACGCAGAGGAAAAUGGAGUUUUCCAGCUUGCCUACCAAGCCAAAAAGCGCAAGGAAUGUUUUGUAGCAGUGCCUGAUCGCGAUGAGGGAGAUGCUGUUUCUGGAGGCAGUAUGGUUCCUGCUGCCUGUGAGACCAUAGUGCCUGAGGAGAAUACACAAACCCCAACUGCUCGUACCAAACCCUCGAAGUGGGAAAAAUUUCUCUCAUCUUCCGACAGCCAUAGUGAAAAUGCUGCCAGGGUCACCCUGUCACCACGGGAGGGCAGUGGAAGGUUGGGGCUGCACAGCACCACUGCAGCAGGCUCAAAACUGCCCAGCACCAGUUGCUCAGAGGAGGAGGUGGUGUUAUUCAGAGAACCUCAAAGCCCAUUGAUAAGGGCAGGAUCUGGUGUCUUGGAGACGAGUGCAGGAAGGUGCUGUUUGGAUAUCACCAGGAGGGCAAACACCCUUGUUAACUGGAACACCGGGCCAAAGCCUAGCAGUGUUUCCUAUGAACACCUCUUCUGCACAGGUGAGGAGUUUGAUGAUGAUCUCUGA